AUGACAUACAUACAAGCGAACUUCUGCAACUCCAUGGUCGACAUGGACAUCUACUGGCUGCAGAUCUGCGCGGCGCAUCUCCCGGCCGAUCAGUUCUUGGAUAUGUGCAUCGACGUUUUCGGAGUACGGGAGUGGUUAAGUAUGACGCCGAUGUCGCCCGCGCAGGCGGCGGAACAGGACGCCAUGGUGGAAGGGCUGCUCACGUUCCUAGCUAUCCUGGUCUCGUCUAGGACUAACCUCGGUAAUGACGAGCUGACACAAUCAAGACUUGAGGUGGCCACUCUGUUGGCCGCCGGUGACAAAACGCACUCCCAGCUGUUGGAACUGAUGCCGGAGCGCUCCGGCAACGCUCACACACGGAACUUCGAAACUGUACUUAAAGAGCUGUCGGCGUACCGCGCGCCGCCCAGGGGGUCGGAGAGCCUGGAGCAGGGGCUGUUCGUGCCGCGGCCGGCGGUGUGGGAGCGCCACUACGACCCGCUGCACGUGCUGCGCCGCGCCGUGCACCGCCGCGACUUCCACUCCUCCAUGGAUAGGUUCACCGCUUACGUGCGGGAGAAGCAGAAGGCGGAGGGCGCCAGCAGCAGCGGCGGCGGCGCGCUGUGGCCGCCGCUGCGCGCCGCGCUGCCGCCGCCCGCCGCCGCCGGCGACCCGCGCCAGCUCUGCGCCUCCGGGGUGCUGCACGGCGCGCUGCUGGCGGUGCUGCACCGCGGCGUGCGGCGGCGGCACGCGGAGGGCGCGGGCGAGGAGGGCGAGGGCGCGGGCGCGGCGCCGCCCGACCACGUGCUGGCGCUGGCCGUGUACCUGCUGGCCGUGGCCGCCGACCUCGCCGCCGAGCGCGCCCGGACGCACGACCGCGACGUGUGCGUGGCGGAGGGGCCGACGGGCAGCGGCGCGCGCGUGGCGGGCGUGCCGCUGCUGCGCGCCUUCGCGGGCGGCGCCGUGUGCGACAACGCGCGCACCGUGCUGCUGGCCGUGCCGCCGCCGCCGCGCGCCGCCGCCGGCCCGCUGCACCGCCACGACCGCCGCGCCUCGGACAGUGAUCCAGAAUGGGAGGACACGGAGGACAACAGCUCGCGCGCGUCCAACAAGUCGGCGUCGCUCGCGGCCGCCAGCACCGCGCUCGCCGUGCCGCAGUCGCUGCAGAUGGUGCGCGACAACUCUAUGUCAGACGACCAGUCAGAUACAGGUGGGGAAACCCCUGAAAUAAGAGCGCUAGAGUUUAUGCAGAGCGGCAGCGCGGAGGGCGCGGAGGGCGCGGGCGGCAGCGCGGGGCAGGAGGCGGGCGCGCUGGUGCUGGCCGCCGACGUGGAUAUGGAGGCGGGCCUGGCGCUGGCGCUGCCCGCGCGCGCGCCCGCCGACCCCGUGCGCCUCGCAUACGACAUGACGGACAUGGAGAUGCCGGAGUGGGCGCCGGCGCCCGCGCUGCCCGCGCCCGCGCCGCGCGCCGACCCGCAGCCCUCCAACACACAAGUACAGUUACACACACAGACAGAUGAGCAAAUAAUAGUGAAUGAAUCAAUCAUAUCACUACUGCUCAAACUGCAUUCACAGCUCUCAGGGCGGCUGGAUUCUUUUUCUUUGGAAGAACCGGCGCCUUCGUCACAGGAACCUAUCGGGGACGGUCCGCACUUCAUCGGGUCGCUGCUGCACAAGCUGGCGGCGCUGGACGCGCGCUGCGCGGCGGCCGUGGCGCACGUGCGCCGCACGCUGUGGCCGCACCAGCGCGAGCGCCAGGCCGAGCAGCGCGCGCGCGAGCGCCGCGAGCGCGACGAGCGCGCCCGCCGCGCGCGCGAGCGCCAGCAGCAGCUCAUGCGCGAGUUCGCGCGCCGCCAGCAGCAGUUCCUGGCCGCCAUGGCCGGCGCGCCCGCCGCCGACGCCGCCGCCUCCGACGACGAGCCGCAGCGCGACUACGCGUGCGUCAUCUGCAACACCACCGCGCCCGCCUCGCACGCCGACCCCAUCGGCCUCGUGGUGCUGCUGCAGUCCACCUCGGUGCUGGGCCACCGGCGGCGGCGGCGCGGGCCGGCCGACGCGCCCGCGCGCCUGGCGCUCAGCGAGGCGGAGCGCGCGCGGCUGGCGGCGGCGGCGCACGGCACGGCGGCCGCGCACCACUACCGGCUGCACGACGAGCUGCAGCAGCACUUCGAGCGCGACUCGUGGGUGCUGUCCGUGUCGGUGGGGUGGGAGGGCGGCGUGGCGGCGCAGUCGUGCGGCCACCACCUGCACCUGCGCUGCCUGCGCGCCUACCUGCACUCGCUGGCGGCGCCGCAGCGGCCGCACAACCUGCACGUGGAGCGCGGCGAGUUCCUGUGCCCGCUGUGCCGCCAGCUCGCCAACUCCGUGCUGCCGCUGGCGCCGCCGCCGCCGCGCGCGUCCCCGCCGCCGCCCCCGCCGCCGCCGCACGACUUCCUCGCGCAGGCCGACCACGUGCUCGAGAUGCUCGAGCGGAGGCAUCCACCGCCGCCGCCCAGCCGGCUGUCGGAGGCGAUGGGCAAGGCGAUGGAGGACAUGACGGCGAUGGCGGGCGGCAAGCUGAAGCAGCGCUACGGGUCGUCGCCGGCCGCCAUCUUCACGUUCGUGGCGUCGCUGGUGCGCACCAACCUGGAGUGCGAGCUGGUGCAGCGCGGCGGCUCGCUCGUGGACCAGCCCGCGCCGCGCUACAAGCCGCGCGACGACUGCAUAGUUCCUUUAAUAGCGGUAGCGGGCGCGCACGCGAUCGCGCUGACGCACACGGCGGGCACGCGGCUGGGCGCGGGCAGCACGUGGCGCGCGCUGGUGCCGGGCGCGGGGGCGGGCGCGGGGGCGGGCGCGGGGGGGCGGCGCCGCGUGCGCGCCCGCCCCCGCGCCGCCCGCGCGCCCCGUGCCCAUGCUGCUGCGCGACCCCGCCGCGCUGCUCAUGCACUUCAUACUGCUCGCGCCGCAGUCGCCGCCGCACAUGGAUAUACAAUACUUCACGUGCAUAAUCCGCGCAUUCAGCAGCAGCAGCAGCAGGGGGAGCCCUCGGGGCUGGAGCAGGCGGCGCGGCUGCUGCUCACGGCGCUGGCGGGCCACCACCUGCUGGAGGACGACGCCAGCUCCAACGCUGAGGGUCGGGCGCCCGAUAUGCAUAGUGUCGAGUUGGAGGUGCAAGAGCUGGUGCUGCCGUUCCUGCGCAUCGCGGCGCUGCUGCGCAGGCACCUGUACGGCGGCGCGCUGCCGGGCGUGGCGGGCGCGGCCGACGAGUUCCCGGCGCUGCUGCGCUACCUGGAGCUGGCGGGCGCGGGCGCCGGCGCCGCGCACGCCGCGCUGCCGCCCGGCGCCGCCGCCGCCGCGCAGGCCUGGGCGCGCCAGCUGGCCAGCGCCGCCGCCGGCGGACAGCUCGCGGUGCACCGCGUGAUCCGGUCGCUGCACGUGUCGUGGGCGGCGCCGGCGCUGCUGGCGCUGCCGCGCGACUACGACCGCCUGUUCACGUACUACCACGAGCGCGUGUGCCUGCAGUGCGGCGCCGUGCCCAAGGAGGCCUCCGUGUGCCUGCUGUGCGGCACGCUCGUCUGCCUCAAGCAGCCCUGCUGCCGCCACCACCAGUUAAGUAUAGUGAUCACUGUGAGUGUGACGCACCCGCAGGUGGCGGAGGCGGUGCAGCACGCCACGGACUGCGGCGGCGGCACCGGCAUCUUCCUCGUGGUCACCUCCACGUACAUCAUCGUCAUCCGCGGCCGCCGCGCCUGCCUCUGGGGCUCGCUCUACCUCGACGACUACGACGAGGAGGACCGCGACCUCAAACGCGGCAAGCCGCUGUACCUGAGCCAGGACCGGCUGGAGCUGCUGCAGGCGCAGUGGCUGGCGCACCGCUUCGACCACACCAAGCGCACCUGGGUGUGGCACCGCGACUCGCUC